AUGGGUGUCAUACGAUAUUAUCCAGUAUGCGUCGGUCGCGAAAGGGGUAUGAAAAAAACGAAAAACGUCCGCCCUAAGAAGCCAUCAAACCGUCGAGGGCGUAUCACUAAACAAGCCAAAUUCACUCGUGACGUUAUCCGGGAGAUCGUUGGCUAUGCCCCUUUUGAGAAGCGUAUCCUCGAAUUGCUGAAGAACGAUAGAGAAAAGCGGGCGUUGAAGUUUGCCAAGAAGCGUGUUGGCGGAACGCGACGAGCUAAAAAGAAGAGGGAAGAGCUCAUGAAGGUCAUUAAAGCUAUGCGUACGAAGUAA